AUGAGGAACAAGUAUGCAGUCAUCAUUAUCUGCAUUGUGGCACUUGUCAUCAUUGAAAAAGAAAACAACAUUAUAUCAAGGGUCUCAGACAAGCUGACACUUAGACGGACCCCACAGACGGAGCCUCCAGUGCCCUACAAUGCUUCCAACGCUCUGGUAGUAAUGGACGACAACAGUUCCUAUCCAGAGGACAUGUAUGCUGAGAACGGCAUUCAGGCAGGUCGAAAGCACAUCCUCUUGAUGGCUACCACUCGCACAGGAUCUUCCUUCGUAGGCGAGUUCUUCAACCAACAGGGUGGAAACAUGUUUUACCUCUUUGAGCCGCUCUGGCACGUGGAGAGGAUGCUAUCGAUUGGCUCGAGUGGCACAAAUGCAAGCACUUCUGUUUGGGUAUACAGAGAUGUCCUACAGCAUCUCUUCUUGUGUAACUUCUCAAUGUUGGAGCGUUUCAUCAGCCCUCCUCCACGGGACCAUGUCACCCCUGUCCUGUUCCGCAGAGAGUCCAGCAAGGCCCUGUGUGAGGAGCAAGUCUGCUCUCCGGUUGUAAAAGUCGUUUUUGAGAGGUACCACUGCAAGACGAGACGAUGCGGGCCGCUCAAUCUGACCUUGGCUUCCGAGGUCUGCCUAGGAAAACAGCACAGGGUGAUCAAAACAGUGAGGGUCCGACAAUUAGACACACUUCAUUCUCUAGUAGAGGACCCUCGGUUGGAUAUCAAACUCAUUCAGCUGGUCAGAGACCCUCGAGCCAUCCUGGCAUCAAGGAUGGUGGCCUUUGCAAGUAAGUACCAAAACUGGAAAAGCUGGGCAGCGAAUGGAGACGUUCCUAUAGAGGAAGAAGAGGUCAAACGUCUCGAAGGAAACUGUAACAAUAUCCGCAUCUCUGCCGAGUUGGGCUUGAGUCAGCCGAAAUGGCUGAAAAACCGUUAUAUGCUAGUACGUUAUGAGGAUAUCGCCAGGUACCCCAUGCAGAAAGCAGCAGAAAUGUACAAUUUCACAGGGAUUCCGAUGACGACACAAGCACGGGGUUGGAUCCUCAAAAACACGCAUGCGUCAACCGAGGCAAGUGGUGUGUAUUCCACCCAAAAAAACUCUUCAGAACAGGUGGAGAAAUGGCGGCUUAGUAUACCGUUCAAACUGGCCCAAGUUGUACAGAAAGUUUGUGGGCCGACCAUGAAACUUUUUGGGUAUAGGUUUAUAGACAGUGAACAGACACUAUUGAACAGAUCUUUUAGUUUGCUUGAAGAAAAACUAUUUAUUUAG